AAACCUUUAGCAGCACCGCGCCCGUCACGCUUUGCCUCAGCAUCAGCCACCGCAGCCUGCUGGUCAACAGUACAUGUAGUCAGUGCGCGACACCUGUGGCCGACUCGUGCCUGUGUGCGCUGCUAUUUUUCUAUUCUGGCGCCUGCAACAUCGACCACCCGACCUGUGGCUACCACUGCCACCACUACCAACCACCACCAACACCAACAACCCAGUCACACCCCCUAAACGGAGCAUUCGCCGAAAAAGGCAAAAACCAAUUGACCGGCAUGCGAGGACGAAGGCUGCUCAGCAGAUCUUCGUGUAAUAGUCAUGCCUAUUUGGCCCUUUCGCAAGCGGCGACGAGCCCAUACAGACCACCACGACAGCGACCAGAAGGCUCUGAAUGAGAAAGCGCUGCCAUCAGCCGGCCCAAUACACCAUCCUCCACCAACAGACACGGCCAUACCACCACCACCAUCAUCACCACCACCACCACCAGAAUCACCACUACUACCUCCUCCUCCCAUGUCACGAACGCGAACGUCGCAGAGAUCAUCGCGACGGGGAUCCAAGAUUGAUGAUGGUGCAGCACAAAAGGCGCAACCGGUGUCUGCUGCUCAGAGUAGAGUGGGAACGGCGAACAAGGAGAACGUGCCGCCGACAGACGGUGCGAGUAGGGAGGAUGUCACUGCGUUGCCCAUGCAGCAAAGGCUGGAACGGAGUCCUCACCUGAGACCCAUUGACAUUCUGGAAAAACCACAAAUACCAUACAACUUCCGACCACAUUCGACCUCGCAGACCAGUGUCCAACGACACGAUGCCAUUGCCAAGCUUUCCAAGUCGAACACUCUCCGGUCGAAACGAAGCACCACCGAGUACAGCUCGCCAACGCGUCGCUUCUCGACCCGAUCCAAGAAGCGUGAUCCCGUGCGCGAAGAGGAAAUCAGGUCCAUGACCACGCCAAUUCCGAUUCCCAAACGUCCAGGGGAUGGCCCGCUACGACGUGACAGCAAGAAGAUCCGUGGUCCCAACGGAGAUUCGCACGUGUCACUUCCGCCCGAGGGCUCGAUCCACUCGACCAUGUCCGGCGUGAUGGAGCAGCGCGGGUGGGAGGUGGGCAGUAUUGCGGCUGUCUUCAAAGCCCGUCCCGCUGUGAGACUGUCUGGGCUGCCGCAAUAUGUCUCAAACAGCAUGCCACCCAGCUCUUCCGGCAUCCUGUAUCGCAUUGACGCCUCCGGCUCACCUACGGACGAUAGGCCGAUCGGAAAUAGCAAUAUGGAUGCAAAGGAGCGGCGUAAGAGGCGCAUCGUGGGAAAGGAUGCGGAUGAGCUCGGCGCAAGUGACAUUAGAGCCAUCAUGGAACGCGAAGCCCAUCGCAAAGAGAAGAGACAGCUGGAGAGGCAGGAAAGGUUGGAUCGAAAGUUGAGAAGCGCUGGACGCGAUCGGGCAGACAGUGAACGGAAACGACGUAAUUCGGAUGAGAGGAGACGCGCCGAAGCAACACGGGCACGCGUCGAACAAGAGCUGCAGGCACGUGGAGUACUCACUCCUCCGAGCGAGGUGCAUCCCGCUCUGCGCGACAAUGCCACCACUAAGCCAGAAGUGGUCGGAUUGGGUAUUGGCGAGAGUGAGACACCGGCUCAGCCACCGGACGUCGAGCAGCCACAGAUCUCGGCCGUCAGUGAAACAUCCGCGAACCCUUUCUCAGAUGCUGCAGAGACAUCCACGGCGGAAUUGAUGGAAGUGCGAGAUGCACGAGAUGUGCAGCCAUCAACUCCCCAAGAGCAUCCGUACGAAGAGCCUCAUGUGGGCACCGCUCAAGCGGUUCGGAUGUCGAUGACAAGCACGCCACCACUGUCGCCAAUUCAUGCCAAUCGCGCAGCCUCGAGCGUGUCCCAUCUCGCAGACAUUGCUCGGUUCGAGAGCGCAUCUCAGCCCAGCAUCGAUGAUCUUCAACCACCGCCACGACUCCCCGUCGAGCGGCGCAACUCUGCCGACCCACCUUACCAGAAACAACAGCGCAGCCCUGUGACUUGGGCGACCUUCUUCCGUCGCGGUGGGACCUUUCGUAGAAGUUCGCAAGGGCCCCCGACUUCAGAGGCAGGCUCCUUCUCGAAUACUUCGCGUGAAUCCAUGCGUAAUCAGGCCAUUCCCGCUCAUCUCGUCGGAACUGACCACCCGAGGCCACCAACAACGCGAUCCAGAUCGGGUACGCCUGUGCGCACGCAGAGCAGAUUCCGAGAAGAUCUGCCCGAGAUGCCGAUCUCACCGCCCGACUCCAGGACACAGUCUCCCGAUGUCACCGCCGCUGCAGCCGCCGCCGCCGCAGCAGCAGCGCGACGAUCGGCACGUACGACGCCCAUGAACAUUCCCGGGAAAACUCGUGACGGCGAAGGCGAUGUGUACACGUCGUACCGCAACGAUACGCCUCUCAGUGCCGUCUCUCGCGGCCAUGUUCCCAUGUCUGCAUCUCUCGCCUCGAUCGAUUCGGAGGGUUCGUGGCUCGCUGGCAGUAGUAGCAAGCGGCAGUCCCACCAAUCGGCGUUGAGCAGAUCCUACAGCAAACGCAACGCCGAGUUCUUUGGCAGCUACGAGGAGCUUGGUGGGGACAGGGACGCAGAGUAUCUCAGUCGGAACAAAAGUCCCGGGCCUGCCAGCAGGGGCAACAUCAUGGGCGCCAGCCCGGACGAAGAGAGCGAGGAGGAAUCCUCACUGGGUGCAACUCCUGGAGAGCCAUCCCUUACGGUUCAUGGAAGUGUGCGUCGCCGGCCCACUCUCGUGCAGCACGACGCCCGACUGGUAUCCCGAGAGGGUCUGGUGCAAGAGUACGCAGCACAAGGCGCUCCGGUCGAGCCCAUUGAGACCCCUCGCGAGCACACACCGGACGACGAAGAUGUGCCUGAAUUUCACACUCCGGAGCAGUCCGACGACGAAUAUCACGAACUCGAGUCGUCCAAGUUUCAGCGUGCGGUUGAGCUGGGCCGAGCUCGGUCUGUGGACAUGAAGCAGCAUGCUCGACACUCUCGACGCUUCUCGGCCGGAAGUGCCCGCUUGCUGGAUAUGCCGGCACGACACGGUUCCGUCGAUGUCACACGCGAAACGACACCGGAGCCCAAUUCUACCAGAUGAGAGGUCCACCCCCCACCCAUUUCAUAUGUCGCCACCCAAUCGCUGGUCGAUGAGGAAAGAUUGGAAAGACCGUACACAUCCCAUCACGACCAUGCACUAUGCAAUGUAUAAUGCACGACGUAUCACGAUGUUACGGUCCAUGACAUUCUUUUACGCCCCCCUCCCCCCUUUUUGGUUUUGAGAGCUAUAAUAAAAAAAAAGAAUAACAGAGACAGCAGCAGACAGCCACGCGUGUGGUGAUGCGUGGAGAGAAGGUUGUCCCCUUGUAAUACCUCCGGCAAGACCCGGAUCACGUCCUCGGAUAGUUGAUUUUGCUUUCAGUGGUUUUUGUUUCAACGACGCUCGAUACCCCCCUUGGUUUCCGUGGCGAGGUGCGAUGCGAAGAAUCAACUUG